AUGUCCACGGUCAAGUCUGAAGGAAGCCCCCGGUACGAGUACUUCCCGCUGCGUGCGUUCUCCGAGGAGGAGAUCGAAGACACCCGGUACCAUAUUUUGAAGUUCCACACGGUGAAGAAGAUCAAUCCACCGAAGGACUUUGAGGAGCCGGCCAGACUGCACAGAAAGGAUCCCAAGAACCUGCAAUUCCAGCUGUCUUUGAAGGAGCUGGAGCAGAGACGUUUGCAGGAGCGCAAGGAUGAGCUGUUGAAGGAGCAGAAGAAGCGGGAACUGCUUGCGGAGCAGGGCAUAUUGACCGACAGACUGCCGCGCACGGCGUACGAGGACGACGACGUUGAUCUCAGCAAGCUGCCUCUGGAGGAGCGCAGACAGCGCGAGGAGGACCGGCAGCGGCGGGAGAACGAGGCCGCGCGGGAAGCCAGGCGCGAGCUGGAUAUGUCCAUUGUGGCGCCCGACGGAGGUGCUCGUAAAAGCAGACGGCCGUUUUUCAAGCGCAAAACCAGACAGGUGAAGGUUUUCGACGACAACAAGCGGAAACUCCGGUACGAGGAGUACUACCCGUGGGUGAUGGAGGACUACGACUCGAAGCAGGCGUGGGUGGGCAACUACGAGGCCGGAAACACAGACAACUACUGUCUUUUGAUGCUGGACAAUCAGAACAAAUGCUUCAAGAUGAUUCCUGUGGAGAAGUUUUACAAGUUCACGCCGCGGAACAAGUAUGCGACGCUGACGCUCGAGGAGGCUGAGGCCAAGAUGAAGGAGAAUAACCAGACUUCGAGAUGGCUGAUGAGAAAGAUGCAGGAGGAGGUGUCGAGAGGAGAGCGAGUGGAUUCGCGGUACAGAAAGAUGAAGGGCACGUCGCAGCGGAUGGAGGACACGAAGCGGUCGGACGACGAGACGCUGGACUUUGACGACGAGUUCCAGGACGACGAGGAGGCUCCGAUUCUGGAAGGAAACGAGGAGGAGAGCAAGAUGGUGGAGAAGAAGAUGAAGAGCGAGAUGCUGCGUGCGAACAACCUGAUCGAGAAGGACGAGAACGAGGACGACUUGGACGAUUUGUUUGAGACGCGCAAGAUCGACAAGGAGGGCAAGAAGCUGCGGAAAGCGCUGGCCAAGAACGCCAUGAACGAGGUGUACGACACCGACGACGAGGAAGACCCAUAUCUUUCAGAGAGCGAGAUGGAGGAUGUGGAGACCGAGAAGACGGACGAGACGAAGGUGAAGGAGGAGGAGAGCACCGAGAUUCCUGUUGCUGUUCGGCGGAGUUCUCCAGAGAUUCGGGUCAAGUCUCACAGAGACGGGUUUGUGGUUCUAAAGGCCGCUCCUGCUGUGUUGCGGGAGUUCCCUGCAGGCGAGUGGAACCCCAAGACGGCCAUCAAGAGACAGGUUUCGGAAGAGCCUGCUGCCAAACGGCCCAAGAUCAAGCUGGAGGGCGACCAGGGCCCGAUCAGCAGAGCAGACGUGGACGCUUUGCUUGUGGACGGGCCGAUCGCGCUGGCCAGUCUGGUGAAACAGCUCAAGCACAAAGUCAGUCUGAGUCCGAACUACAAGGAGGACCUCAAGCGGAUUUUGAAGGAGCACUUCAUUGUGAGAGACAAGAUGGUGAUGAAGAGAGGAUGA